AUGGCUAAGAAGUAUUACGAGCAAGGAGCAGAUGAAGUGACCUUUUUGAACAUCACCUCCUUCCGAAACUGCCCCAUUGCUGACACGCCCAUGCUUGAAAUCCUGCGACGAACAUCGGAGACGGUCUUCGUGCCUUUGACCAUUGGUGGAGGAAUCAAAGACACCGUCGACACUGAUGGCACCAGGGUCCCUGCUCUGGAUGUGGCAACGAUGUAUUUCAAAUCUGGAGCCGAUAAAGUCAGCGUAGGCUCCGAUUCUGUCUUUGCCGCCGAGGACUAUUAUCACGCUGGUAAGAAGUUGAGUGGCCAAACCGCAAUCGAGACGAUAUCAAAGGCCUAUGGAAAGCAGGCUGUUGUGGUGAGCGUCGACCCCAAGCGGGUAUAUGUUAAUAAGCCAGAGGAUACCCACCACCACACAAUUAAGACACAGUUCCCCAACUCAAAUGGGCAAACCUUCUGCUGGUACCAGUGCACUGUCAAAGGUGGCAGAGAGACUCGCGAUAUCGAUGUGCGGCAACUUGUGCAGGCCGUUGAGGCAAUGGGUGCUGGUGAAAUUCUUCUGAAUUGCAUCGAUAAAGAUGGAAGCAACAGUGGAUUUGAUCUGGAAUUAAUCAAAGAUGUCAAAGCUUCGAUUAAAAUUCCAGUCAUCGCUUCAAGUGGGGCUGGCGUACCUGCACACUUUUCAGAGGUCUUCAAGAAAACUACCACUGAUGCAGCAUUAGGAGCAGGAAUGUUCCACCGCGGUGAAUUUACCGUGACUCAAGUGAAAGAUCACCUUCGAACCGAGGGAUUCCUGGUUCGCCAAUUUGAAGUUGAGAUCUAA